ACCGUUACGCCCAUCUCUGCAUGGAUUUUGUUUACUAAAAAUUUUGCACAAAUCCGCUUGCAUCUGCUUGCAUUUCAGUUUCAUCCCAAGACUAUCUGAUAUUAGCAAGCUGUAUACGAACUCUAUACAGAAUAACAUCACGUUUCUGUGUAGAAUCGCCGGCCUCCGCCUUAUUCCCUUGACUACAGUUAUCUUGUUUCCGGAACUCGACCGAUCACAUGGAACAACAACUUAGCUCGUCGCGGCUUCUCAUGCCAAACAGUUAUGUUAUUGGAACCUUUCGUAGAUAAUUCUUCAUCCUCAUAUUUUUCUUUUCAAGAAGCGCAAAUGUUUUUGGGCCAUAUGAAAAAGCAAGAUCAGUUUGAAAAGACAUACUGGAAAAGACGAUUGUUGCCAUGCCGUACAGCCUAAGGUAAACAGGAAAUGCUUUGACUCUUAAAGUCAGAAAAGAAGUCAUGGGAAGACGCAUUAAAAAGAAAAAUCCACCUUUAGCUGUAACUUGCACGCAACUUGUGCUUCCUCAAAAGCAAGUCAACCCAACAAUAAAUAUAAUAAAACAAGUUAGCCGAGAAAAUGUAGCCAGUUGAUCGAGCACAGCCAUCACAGCAAUAAGUUUCUCCAGUAAUUCUUAAAAAUUGAAAAUGAUCCGCAUCUGGCUAUUGCUAGUGACAGGAAGCAUCGUCGUCGUUUUUAACAACGUCGAGACGACUGCCCACGAAGAGCUAGUGAUGUUAAAUACAGGUGAUGGCGCUACUAAAGAGCCUGAAGAGGAGGUUUCAGUUGGAAGACGUAGUUCCAGACGGACCGCUCUGUCAUUGCCGGCCAACACGAGCUGUAAAAUAUCGUUCGAUAUGUCAGUGGGCAUAAGCCCACUUAACAAUACAUUCACGUCGUUCACCAUGAGUUUGCCCUUCCGCUUCGUUCUGCCAACGCACUCGCAGCUCAAUCAUCUCUAUGGUAAUUUGGAGCGGCUCGAAAGUGAUCUGAGCGAUGGAGAAGCAACUACUAAGGUCAUCGAUUACGAAUUUCUUGAAGAACAAAGGGCAAACGAGCAGAGACGAACAAUCUACCAGCAUAUCGAAACUCUAUUCAAAAAGUUUGGACUCGACGGAGAACUUUGUUUGCAACGAGCCAUUUGCGAGUUGGCCGAAGCCCCAUUAGGGCACUACGGAAUGCUGGGCAAAUUAAUUCAUCUGGUCUUCUCGCCGAGUCUGCUACAAUUUCCCGAGAUAAUGAGCCGAUUUCUAGCCGGCCAUGGCAACGCCAAUCGUUUUAGACGCGAUGCCUCUUUGCUACCCGAACUGGAACUGAUAGAGAAGCCGGUCGAGGACCAAUACACUCGUGCGUAUCUUGCUGGCAAGGGACGCAAGUGCUGGGCGCGUUACUCCUCCUGUCCCAUUUCCUUGUUUACGCUUCUGAAAAUUUAACUGGUAGGACGGGCUCUCGUUUUCUCGCAGACUCUUAACUCCAAGUUCGUGAUUGUUUGAACUGCUCAGCAGUUUCUUUUAUUUUUUGUGGCUAGCUUAUAGCCAAACAGCACAAAAAUUAACUUAAAAAGUUCCUAUUCGCCGACGAAUGCCAUUGUAAUAAAUUAUAGCUGACUAUGAUACGAUACGCGGAGGUAGACAUAAUAAACGUUGUUAUCAAAUUUA